AUGGAUAAGGAUACUUGGAUUGUUUCUAAGUUCAUCGCGGAUCAUAAUCAUGAUCUUGUGAAAUCAUUUGCACGUGCUAUGUUAAGAUCACAAAGGCGUGUGGAUGAAGCAUAUGCUAAUAUGAUUGAAGAUAUGGACAAUGCUGGAUUAAAACCAUGUAGUGUGUAUUCAUAUUUUGUUGAAGCUACUGGAGGUGCUGAAAAUGUUGGAUUUUUAAAAUCUGAUUGUAAUAAUUUUUUACAAAGUAAAAGAAACAAGACUCUUGAAGCAGGAGAUAGUGUUAUUAAUCAUUUUAAAAGUCUUCAAGCAAAUGACUCAUCCUUCUUCUAUACAAUGCAAGUAGAUAGUGAAAAUUGCAUGACUAAUUUUUUUUGGAGUGAUGGCAUAUCAAGGACAGAUUAUAAUCACUUUGGAGAUGUAGUCAUUUUUUACACAACCUAUAGAACAAACAAUUAUAAUAUGGCAUGUGCACCUUUCAUUGGGGUAAAUCAUCAUAAACAAAGUGUUUUGUUUGGUUGUGCUUUCUUACUGAAUGAGACAACAAAGUCCUUUUCUUGGUUAUUUGAAUCAUUUUUGGAAGCAAUGGAUAGGUUGCAACCUAAAAUAAUUUUCACUGAUCAAUGUCAAGCAAUGGCCAAUGCUAUUAAAAGAGUUCUUCCUAAAUCUCAACUUCGACUUUGCUUGUGGCAUAUUGGCCAAAAUGCUGCUAAGCAUCUUUCUUAUUACUUGAGAAAACCUGCUUUUAAGGUUUUAUUUAAUAGGAGUCUCUACAAUUGUGGAUCAGAGCAGGAGUUUGAAGAGGUAUGGGCUCGUUUAGUCACAAAAGUUGAUAUUUCAAAAUGCUCAUGGUUGAAAGAAAUUUAUGAGUUACGAGCAAAUUGGUGCCCAACAUUUAGUAAGAAUUAUUUAUCAGCUGGCAUCUUAUCAACACAAAGAAGUGAGAGUAUGAAUAAUGUUUUUCGUACUGUCACUUGCAAGACAAUGUCUCUUACUCAAUUUGUACUUCGUUAUGAAAAGUUUUGGAGCGUAGACGAUGGUCAAAAUUGCAAAAAGACUUUGAGUGCAAUCAAUCCGCACCUCGUAGAGUAA